AUGGGAUUGUGGAAAGGACUUGUUGCCCAAGGGAGUGGUCAACAGGAAGGUAUAAAUUUUGAUGAGACCUUUAGCCCUGUUGUCAAACCAACUACUAUUCGUCUUGUUCUUUCUCUAGCUAUUUCUUAUGGUUGGACUAUUCGUCAACUAGAUGCCAAAAAGGCUUUAAUUUUCUACAUGGUUAUGCGCUCUUCCCGUGGUUUGUUUCUGUCACAACAUAAAUACACCACUGACCUUACUUGUAAAUUUCAUUUACAUACUGCUAAAUUAGUGUGUACACCUUUACCUUUCCGGACCACCCUUUCCUUAACUGACGGUGAACUUCUUGCAGAUCCAUCUGAGUACAGGAGUAUGGUAGGAGCUCUACAAUACUUGAAUAUGACUAGACCUGAUCUUACUUAUGUUGUGCAUUUACUCUCUCAGUUUAUGCAUGCUCCACAUACUAGUCACCUUGCUGCUGUUAAGCGUAUUUACUCAUACCGCAGAUCAUGGCAUUUGGUUUCAUCCAUCAAAGGACAAGCUGAGUACAGAGCGGUUGCCUAUACGAUUGCUGACACCUUGCAUAUUCGCACCUUAUUAUCUGAACUUGGUCUUGUGGUUAAACAUCCAAUUAAGCUUAUGUGUGAUAAUGUUUCUACCACUUAUCUUACUAUCAAUCCAAUUCAGCAUAAGCGCAACAAGCAUAUUAAGAUAGAUUAUCAUUUUGUUCGAGAGCAGGUUGCACAUGGUGAUCUUAUUGUACGAUAUGUUCCUACAUAG